GGAGAAGCUCAGCCAUCGAUGACGUCACAGCAGUGUCAAAAUUGACAACGACGGAAGUGACGACACUUUAGCGCAUGCGCGGUCUGAUAGAGUUGACAGGUGGAUAGUGGAGCAAGUAGGAGCGACAAGACAAGCUGACGGUUAAGUUUAAAGCCAUAAAAAGAGAAAUCAUGACUGUCUGUAAGUAUUUCAUGCAAGGACGUUGUCAAUAUGGUGUUAAAUGCUGGAACGAGCACCCGGUUGGAGGAGGAGGAAGAGGCUAUAACCGCUCUACCUCUCAACAGCACUCCAGAGGAGAUACAGAUGAUAUCAUUGACAGCUUCACCUGUUGGGACGUACACACAGCGUGGAAAUCAAAUGAAGGCCCACCCUAGCAGGCCAGUUGCCACGCUAAUGCGGGGAACGCCAAGACGCCGCUGAAAUGAGAAUGGCCGGCGGCUUUUCUUCGGGCAGCUUCUUUGCCGGCGGAAGCGUCUUCAUGGACUUUUGAGGCAUGAAGGCUGGCGGAUUUUCGGGGUGGCUGGUGAGGUAUACACAUAUGAAUCCAGUGUUGUUAUUGUUAUUCUUCCCAGCAGAGUGUUAGCAGGGCAUUUGGUGUGGGCGGCAUGCAGGAUGUCUUAUUUUGAAAGGAGCAACAAAGUCCUACAUGACCAAUGAAAGCCAUGUUUAACACUCUGUCUGCUGCGUUUAAAUGGGCGCUACACUUCAUUUACUUUCCGUAACCUGUAUAAUAACCAAUCUGUACCGCCAUUGUUAUUGUAAGAGCGAACACUGGAAUAUUUUUUUGGGCAUAGUAACACAUCGCGUUGUUCACAGAGACACUCACACUGCUACGGCAUUAACAAGAGGCAAGCUAGCUUCUGCGUCAGCAGCUGAAUUGCUUUUGAGUUUGUAAUGCACAACACAAUGUGAUAGGACACAUACAGGUUGUUUUUCUGAUGAUUUUCAUAUUGUUAUAUGACACCUAAAAUUAAAAGUAUUUUUUUUUAAUCUUGUUUUUUUUAAUUCUCAUUUUCAUAUAUCAAAUUUAAUGACCGAAGACAUGCUAAUCAAGUAAAGUUAAUUGUAUUUCUCUAGCUGCCAUUUCAGAAUCAGCAUUAUUGGCCACAAGAAAUUUGACUUGGUAGACUGCUCUCUGUGUUUAAUGGAACAAUUGGUAUUACAAGUUAACGAAAAUAUAGUCAAUGACUCAGAUACUUAACAUGUGAGAGGCUAAUAAUUAACAAAAUAAGUUAUCUUAAGGCACUCUACACAUACAACAGGUCCAGAACUCGUCUCCUCGUACAUAAAAAGAACCAACUAAAGCAUUUAGGCUGCGUUCACACCGGGUUCAAUGUCCAAUUUACAUUUUUUUGGUUCAAAUCCAGUCUUUUUAGUGGCCGUUCACAUUACAAAAAAUUUGAUUUUUAAUGUGAAUGCAAACUGACCCGCUUGCAGACAUGACGUAGCGAGCACUUCAGUGUUUACAGAACUAAAAUUGGCUUCAGCUCCAGUCGGUCUCAGUACUGGCACAUUUGUGACAAUUUCAAGGGUUUUUUGUGAUCAAAUUCAACGUCUUCUUAACCAAAAUUAUUGCGCAUGUGAGAAUAAGAAAGAAGAGAAGAAGUACUUUGGCUCCCGCAGUUCUACGGGAUAAUUUGCUUCAAUGUCUGCUUGAAGACCUGAGCGUGGGGGCGUUCACACUGAGGACACAUCGCAUUGAUAUCCACAUACGAAAGAGGCCUGGGUCAAAUAUGAAGUAUUUGGAAUUGCACUGUUUACACUGACAUUAAAAAUUCUGAUACAUGUCACAUAUGGGGAAAAAACUUGGAAUUGACCUGCAGUGUGAACAAGACCAAGACGGAGGUGAAGGAAAACUCCCUCAAACAGAACCCAGGCUGUCUAGACUGUUUUGAUAAAAACGCUCCAAUGUCACUUCUGUGUGUGUGUUUCAGGGCAUAGAAACAAGGUUCUGGUGAAUCCCUCUCACCAAAAAGGAGGACAUAGCCAGCAAGUGUCCUCCCGUUGUUUCAACCGUGGGCAUCAACCGCGGGGACCAUGAACAGGGUGGAAGAGGAGGAGAAGGAGACCGAGGACCAGCACCGGGUGAAGAAGAUGAAGAGCAAAAACUGGAGAUCAUUCAGACUCAGAGUGACAUGAUGGUUUGGGAGAGCUCAGACCAGUCAAGCUUUUCAUGUUCUAGCGGCUCCAAAGCACUGUUUUCUGGGUUUGCAGACAUAUCUCCAGAAGAGCAGAGGUUUGAAUAUUACUCCACCAAGAGUUACCUCGAUGGCAUCAGCUGGUUGCUCAUUCAGUGGGGAGACCGAAUGAAUCAAUCUACUCGUGCAGCUUUGAUUGCAGAACUAAGAUAUCCAGCGCCUCGGACCUCGUCAAGUGGCUUUGGCUCAGCACCUGCUGGAUGUGGGUCCUCUUCCCUUGAUGUUGGCAAUAAAGGGUUUGAGGCCGAACCACCAGCCCAAGCAACUAAUAUCAGUUUAGCUUCUCCAGCGAGUGGAUUAGGCUCUCCACUGGCCCCAACAUCUCCUCCAGGUUUCAGCAGUGCCAUCCCAGCUGUGACACAACCGCCCACCGGGUCUGACGCCACGCCGUCUACAAGUUCCGAUGCCCCUCCGGGUUCCCCCUUCCCCCGCUCGUCUGGCGAAAAACUUGCGGCUCCAUCUUUGGGGACAGGUUCCUCCUCCGCAGCCGAGACCAACAAAGCGAUGGAGAAGUCCGGCGCACCUGCAGGAAAUUUGCCAGGACAGGUGCGUGCGGUGGAAACCUCAGGCGGUCUUUACUCCCUUGAGAGCGAGCUAACCCAGGAGGAGCUGGAUCAGUUCAAAGCACAAAUGUUCACUUUGGGUCUGAUUCCUCUGAAGCUGCCUCCUGCUGCAAUGCUUGCCAUUUAAUGCUUAAAUGUAUUUAUUUAUUUUUCAUAAACAGUUUUUAUUCAUUCAAGUUGAUGCACAUAUAGAAAUAUUUAUAACAAACCCCUCACUCCCCACACUCCAAACAGUCCUUGGACAAAUUAAAUGCACAUUAAAAAAAUAAAAAGUGAAUAAAAAAACUA